AGUCUGUUCCCCCUCCUCUCCCAGCAGCUCCGCAGGUUCAAACUCUUCUCCGGGAGAGUGGCGGCUAUCGUGCGGUCACGUGAUGAGCAUCCUGCUGCCCAACAUGGCGGAGUUCGACACCAUCUCGGAAUUGGAGGAAGAAGAAGAGGCAGCAACAUCGUCGUCGUCUCCAUCGUCGUCUCCGUCGUCGUCGUCGUCGUCGUCGGUAUCUGGGCCCGAUGAGGACGAGGAAGAUGAGGAGGAGGAAGAAGAGGAGGAUGAAGAGGAGGAGGACGAGGAAGAAGAGGAGGAGGAGGUGCCGCCCCCGCCUCGGGUAGUGAGCGAGGAGCAUCUGCGGAGAUAUGCCCCAGACCCUGUGUUGGUGCGCGGCGCCGGCCACAUCACUGUGUUUGGAUUGAGCAACAAGUUUGAUACCGAAUUUCCGUCAGUUCUGACAGGGAAGGUGGCUCCAGAAGAAUUUAAGACCAGCAUUGGCCGUGUGAACUCAUGCUUGAAAAAGGCUCUCCCUGUCAAUGUGAAAUGGCUGCUGUGUGGAUGUCUCUGCUGCUGCUGUACCCUGGGGUGCAGCCUGUGGCCCGUGAUUUGUCUCAACAAAAGAACCAGAAGAUCGAUUCAGAAGUUACUAGAAUGGGAAAAUAACAGAUUAUACCACAAGCUUGCUCUGCACUGGAAACUGACUAAAAGGAAAUGUGAAACUAGCAAUAUGAUGGAGUAUGUAAUACUAAUAGAAUUCUUACCAAAAUACCCCAUAUUCCGACCCGACUGAGGAGUUUUCUUCAGUCUCUUCUGUGUUAUCUGUCAUUUCCUACCCUUAGUGCCUUGUAGAUGAUCUUGGAAUGGAGACAGUCUCCUUCGCUGUGUUCAAUUUAUUCUUUACAACAGUAGACUAUUCUUCUCACUCUUUUAUUUGUGUUAAUUUAAGAAAAUUUGCACAUCUUUUUUGUUAUUAAAUGAGGCUUGUGUUUUGCACUCUCAAUUUUUAAAUAAAUGCAAACAUAUACCCGUAUUUAUCGUUAACACUAAAAACAUCAGUGCUGGUGUUUAAAGAAACAAAACAAAAACCUUGUUCUGAGCAUGCUGCCUUAUGAUUUUCAUACUCACUGUUUCUAAAUAUGCAUCAUUUUUCUAGGCUAUUUAAUGCUCUGUAAUCCCUUACUGGACACACCCAAAUAAGCUUUUGGUAGCUUUUAGAAAUGGUUUUACUCUGCUCUUAAAGAAAAUGCAAUUAAUAGCACUGGUUUCCUCCUGCACUUUGCUAAAUUGUCACUUAUGUUAGUGGAUAAAAUAUUUAAACUCCUAAAGACUUGUAAAUAUUGUCUCUUUGCAUAAUGUAAAAUGUGGUAUGCCAUGGUUUACAGAAUGUAUUAUUAUUAUCAAUGUAUUGCCAACAAUUCCACAUAGAUUUUACUAUGAAUGAUGUUUGUAAGCAUCCUGUUGAAUGUAGAGACCUUUAACAUGCUGUUUUGUGGCAAAGCCAAACUGAGUAUGUUAAAUUUCAGGUGUGGGGCGGAGUGCCCUUCCUAAUAAGUGGAUUAAAAUUGAAAUCAUUACUUCAGAUCUUAGGCAUCACACCUGAGACCAAGAACCUUCUUUUCCAUUUACUUCACUGUUUUCCAUUUCUCCUCCACUCCACCCCCAUCUUACAGCCUCACUAGCUCUCAUUUCCUUUCCCUUCUUUGAAGGUACACAAGAUUUCAGUCUUUAAAUGUCUUAAGAGCUGGGCACAUACCGUUAAUCAAUCCCAGCACUCAGAAGACAGAGAGAGGCCACAGAUCUCUUUGAGUUCAAGACCAACCUGGUCUACAGUAUGAGUUCCAGGACAGCCUGGUCUACAGUAUGAAUUCUGAGACAGCCAGGGCUACACAGGGAAACCCUGUCUUAAAAAAAAAACAAAGUGUCUUGAGAUUUUUGCCUCUUAUGUGAGGUAUCAAGGCCUCCGUGAAAGCCAUGGCUUAUCCUCUUCUGAAGUUCCUGUAUCCUACAUUGAGAAAGAGCACAGAGAAGCUCUACCUACAUAGUAGGCUAGUCAGAGUUGAGAAAACAGUUUCAGCCGUCUGAUUGGGGAUCUUUUUUAAACACUUAUAAAUUAUUGAGGAAAGACAAGUAAAAUUUAGAUAAAAUUGUUUUCGUUUGUAAAUUGGCCACAUUUUUUGAUUGAUACAUGCAUAUUUCUCUGGUUUUUUCCAUAAUUAAAUUGAGUGAUGUUACUACUUUGAUUCUACUAUAAUUUGAAAUUAUAAUAUAAUAUAAUAAAUGUUUUUCUAUCACAUUAAUUCAACUGCAAGUGAAUGCCUGUAUAUGGGCAUUGUUUGUAAUUUGCAGUGACUGACAUACAUUCUAUUCUCUUUGUCCUUCUAUUCUUAACUGCUUUUAAGUAAGCUCAUCUCAGUGAACGGAACAAGCUUAACAAGGUCAAGCCUUUUUAAGGCACUUUUAAGAGUUAUGCCUAAUCUGAAAUCCUUAGUCCUUGGUGGAAAGAGGAAGGACAUCCUGUUUGAUAUGUGGCUCUAAUGGUUUGCACAAAAUCUUUUUGAGCCACCCAGCCACCCCAGAUCUCUAAGUUCUAAUAUAUUAUGUAUGCCUGCAAAUAUGUCUGCCUGCUGCAAAAUUGAAGGUGUAUUUUUAUAGAUAAGAAGGAAGCCUUUGAAAAUGCAUACCCAAUGUCUUGUUUUAUAGCUAAGGUCAGGGAAAAACAUAUCUAUGUCUUAUGUUUCAGCUAAUGUCAUCAGAUUUAUGCUUCAUACUGUGGUGUUUUAAUACCAAAAUUGAUUUCCAUCAUAAUAUAGAAUUUUUAAUUCUCACUGGUAAAAAAAUUACUUGUGAAUGUCAAUCCUCAGCAAUCUUACAUUUCGUCUGUAGCCUUAGAAUUUGACCAAAUAGUCAUCAUAGGAAUUUUUUUCUGCCAUGUACAAAUCACACUUCAUUUUGUUCAAAAAAAAAAAAUCAAGAAGUGUAAUGAAUUGUUUCCAUGAAACAAAUAUUAAGACAGGAAUAGAUUGUAUAUGAAAGUGACCAAGUAUCAUUCAAGUUACAAUAGUAUUUGUCAUUUAAAAUAUUUAUCAUUACAUGUCAUAUCAAUUUGAACUCCUCACUAAUAACUGUAUUAUUUUAUUGUUCAGUAUAUUGAUUGACAGGUGAUAGUUUUCUCGUUACUUUUCUUUUUUAUGUGACUGGUAGUUUGAGUGGGGAAGAAGUUCCUUUUCAUUGAAAUUAGUCACAGCAAAUGCUAACCCUUCCCCUCCAAACUUCUUUUCUUUUAACCUCAGGAUAGAAUGUAACUUGUAUUUUUCUAUUGGGUUAGCCAAGUAUUUUGUGAAAGUUAUUUUUGACUAAAAAAGAGAAUAAUUUUGUUGAUAUAUAAUACUCCUUUAUUACCAUGGUAGUUUCCAAAGGAAAAAAAGUUUUGAAAUAACAUUUUGCCAAAGCUUCUAAAUCUCUAUAGGCUUUGAGAUUUCAACUUAAAGGACUUUUUUUUUUUUUCUUAUUCUGAAAAGCCUGGCAUGGUGGUUUAUACCCCAUAAAUUAGUGAAUCCCAGCAUUUAUGGGGCUAAGGCAAGAGAAUUGCUGUGAAUUUGAAGCCAGCCUGGGCUACAAGCUGUCUCAAGAAAAAAGGAAAGGAAAGGAAAGGAAAGGAAAGGAAAGGAAAGGAAAGGAAAGGAAAGGAAAGGAAAGGAAAGGAAGUUAGUUUUUGUUACUUCUCAUUUGAUCCAAGAUUAUGGUUUAAUAAAUUGAUCCAAUUGGUCAAUUUAAAGCUUAUGUAAAAGGCCAGUAGCAUCUAUAUUAUUAAUAAAAAUAAGGGCAAAUGUCACUUGCCCUUGUCUCAGACAUGUCCUCUACUUGUUUCCCACAUUACCCCAUGUUAAUUUAGGAAAAAGAUUAUUGUAACUUUAGAAAUAGAUGGGAAAGUGCCUUGUCUUUUUCAAAGAUAACGUGGUAUGUAGAAGGAAGCAGAAUAAAUGAAUUAAUAAUGAUUAGAAAUGCUUCUUUUCAAGUAGGCAUGAUAGCACUAGGUUAUUAUAUUUCUCUUAUUUAAAUCCAUUUACUUAUCUUCUAAUAAUGUUGUAUAUUAAUGACAAAAUAUCACAGAAUAGACCAGGCACUUAAAAAUUGGUAUGAUUUUAAUGCUAAUAAGCAUAGAAUUUAACACAGUUCUGGAAGGACUGUCUUUGAUUGAAGACCCUACCAAAACUCACUUAAGAAUUAAAUAUCCCAAGCCAGGCAGUGGUGGCGCAAGCCUUUAAUCCCAGCACUUGGGAGGCAAAGGCAGGCAGAUCUCUGAGUUUGAGGCCAGCCUGGUCUACACAGUGAGUUCCAGGACAGCCAGGGCUACACAGAGAAACCCUGUCUCGAAAAACCAAAAUAAUAAUAAUAAUAAUAAUAAUAAUUCCCCAUUUUUUAUAUUAACAUGACCUGUAAACAUUAAUAUCUCAGAAAUUAAACUGUAUUUGUGCCCAGCAUUGCCAUUUUUAAUGAGAAUUAUUGUUGCCUUUGAUAACUUUAGGAGAGCUCAAUACCAUUUGUAAGCCUAACAACAAUUAGGUAUUUUCAAAUGUGGUGAGACCUUUACAAAUCCUUAGCACCUUCAUUUUUGCUUACAGAUAAGCUGCCACUUAAAAAUAAACCAUUACUUGAACACAAAGACCCCAAACAAUAUUUUAUUUGAGUUUACUGUAUGUCCUAAGCAAAUACAGAAUUUACACUCAUCUGAUUCAUUGGACUAACUUCACAUAGUGGAAAUACUUUUUCCUAAAUUGACUGGAAGUAUUCAAUUCAUUGAAAUUAAGUCCAAUUAUACUUAUAAUUGGACUUAAGUCUGCUUCUUUAAAAAAAAAAAGGUCUAUUUUACAACUAUCAAAUCAUUCAGGUUCCCUUGAGUGGUGAACUGUUGGGAAAUUUUUCGUGGUAAAGAAUAAGUUUAUUAAUACUUGUUCAUAUACUUUGUGAGCUAAAAAUAAUAGAAGGGUAUCUAUAAGUAUAUCCUUCCAUGUGUGAGUGUGUAUGUAUAUAUAUGUGUGUGUGUGUAUAUAUGUAUGUAUGUAUGUGUAUAAUUCUUAUCUUGCUCCAGCUUUUCCACUCACCUGAUUCUGAGCCAGCCUUUUUAUUUUGAUGAUGGCAACCUGAGAAUAUGUUCCAUUUUCUGUGAAUUUUGUCAAAGUCAGACUUAAUGAAGAAACUAUCUAAUAUUGUGGCCCCAGGCAAGUGGUCUAAAUUAUGUGUCAGUGUUUUCCUCUGUAAAAGUAGAGGGUUGAACCUUGAGCUAGACAGGAAAUGAGAGGUUAGUUACCAUUCUGUGGUUCUGAGAAGCCACAGAAGAUCUUUGCUGUGCAGUGUGUGAAAAUGGUUAUUCUCGGAUCUGCACUUGGUGGAAACUCACAGUGCCUUGCACACAGUUUGAGUUCAGUUUGCUGGCUGGCUGCUAGUUGAUGUGUGUUAGUGAAAACACACUCAAAGAACCCAAUGCCUGGUAGACCUUAUUCCCUCUGUGCUGAUAAAAGUGAAUGUAGUUUCCCUAGGAAGGAGGGGCUGGGAUCUCUGUUUGCCAUGUGGAAUCUGACUACGCAGUUGGUAUCAGGUGUGACAUUGGUAUCCGCUUAGACUGUGUGAAGAGUUGCAGGCUCAAUUUCACAUCUCCUUCAGUGUCUCACCAAGUUCCCUGCUCACCAAAAGGAUCUAUCCGAACGGACUUAGAAAAUUCGGUGGAAAGGAAAAUGGCAUGAAAGUUCAAACCCAAGUCACUUCUGGUUUCAUUCCUAGCUCUGCUGCUUAAUUCCUCUGUACCUCAUGUCCUCAUUGCUGAAGUGGGGACAAUAUUCUGGACCUACCUCACAGGGGAAUUGAGGGUCUUUUUCAUGUGUCUGUGUGCUUAGAAGCUGACUAAAAGAAAUAUUGGAUAGCAUGAUUAUAUAAUUUCUACGUAGAUGUGACUUUCAGUCUGCAUUAUGUUUUCUUUCUCAGUAACAUCCUACAGAGUGUUCUGACUCAAUUUUUUUCCCAAGUCAUUUUUGUUGCUAAUGCCCUAUUUGUUAAACAUGAGUGAUUGUACUAUAUUAAUACUUGAUUUAGGGAGGAAAGCAGGUGGGUGUAAACUAGUGGCCCUCAGGUUAGAGUAGAUGAAAAAUAGCAGUGGAAAGUAGCCUUGAGCCUUUCUCAAGAAUCAUUAAUUCACAUAACACUAAAGGCCACACACUGACCUAUCACAUUCCUUCUACACCAGCCAAACAACACAUGGAAUCACCAUGCAUUUUGCUCAUGUUCUUUCCUGUUCUGUCUAUUGACAUGCUUACUGACACUGAUUAAAAGCUGUGAAUGGAAGUGUGCUUGUAAUUAAUAGAAAUGAGAAAGCUGUCCUUAAGUGUACUUUAAUAUAUACUUGAAAAUGGGGAAGGAAUUUAGAGAUCCAUAUAAUGAAAAUGUUAGGAGCCACUUUUAAGAAGAACUAAAAUUAUUUGGCCUCUCAACACAUUGUGUCCUAGUCCUGAAUGAUUGGGGGCAAGGGGGAGAGAGAGAGAGAGAGAGAGAGAGAGAGAGAAAAUAAAUGAGAAUUGACUAGAUUAAGCUAUAAAUUCAGAUUAUAAUUUGCCUUCAGUUUUGGUUUGUCUCUGGACUCUAGAACUGAACUGAUUCAGUGGGGUGUGUCCAUGCACACACACACACAGGAUUGCAAAUGUACAGGAUUGCAGUGUUCUGGUGUCAUGUUCUAGCAUUAGUCUAAGUAACAGUUUCUCAGCAUCUGAAAGUAGUUCUAUGUGUAAAGCCUGUAUGGUAAUCAAGGCAAUAAGUUCUCAAAUGGUCCUUUUACUCCUGCUUCUUUGAUUUGCUUUUAUCUUGGCAUAGUUUUCCUGCUUUUCUGUUUUUAUUGUAAGCAAAUAGUUGAAAAUUGUUCUAAUGCCAGGACUUUGGAACAAGUUACAAAUGUUUGAAAUUAUAUAAUCUACAAGCUAGUUUGCUGUCCUUGGACUAAUUAUAUAUAAGUGUGAAUUUCUACUGCAAGGACAUCCAGAUAGAGCUGGCGUUGUUCUAAAGAUUGGAUUGAAAAAUGAAACAACUUCUCCAUUUUGGCCAAGGAUUCCUGUUGGAACAGCUUUCCCAGAAGAGAAUCAUAGUGGCUAUGUCUGUCGAACCAAGAACAUUCAUGCAUCUUGUAGUGUUAUGUAGCCUGUGGAAUGAAUUCCUCUUCCCCCUGGAGUCCAGGACUGACUCUCCUGGAAGAACUCAACCUAUAUACAGCUGUGCCAAAAGAAGGCUACCUGCCUCUGAAACUCCCACUGCUGCUUCUGUCGUUGUUCACUUGUCAGAUACAAUUUUAUUCUCAGGAUGCAAAUUCCAAUAAAGUACAAACCCAUGGUACUGAGUUGAACCGUGUGGCUUUGGGGCA